AGCUGUGUGGGGCCGCCAAUUUCCCCCCGCCCACCCACCACUCCCUCCUUUAUUUUUCCCCCCUUAUUCCCCCCCCACACAGUUAAGCUCUUCUCACUUUAAAAUUCCUUUUCCUACUGGGUCAGCAAAUCAAGGGCAGCCCUUCCCCCUUACCACACCCCAUGUCAUUAAACACAAGGGAGGACUUUGCUUUAGGUCAGAGCUUAUAUCUUGCACUGCCAUUUCCACCCCCAUCCGUCGAUCCCAUUGCAGGAGGAGCAGAAAUGGACCGUAGGAGCGUAGACAUCCAACUCACCAACAGCACAGCGGAUGUCACCCUGCGUAACCCCAGGAGGUGCAGAAAUGGCCCAUAGGAGCGUGGAGAUCCAAAUCACCAACAGCACAAGGGAUAUCACCCUGCGUAACCCCAGGUCCUACUGCUACAGCGGAUACAGCUCCAGCCCCCCCAGCCCCAUCAUCCAACCAGGAGACACAGGAUGCUGCACCUUCAACAACACCCCAGCCCGUUUACGGGGCAGUGUUGGCGUCCUGGUCUAUGAAGCUGAAACCUUCACCUUGGCCAUCCUCUUCUCCAACCCUUUCGACUACAACUUGUAUAGUAUGGAGUUUGCUGUGGAGAUCUCCCCAGAGAAAGCCCACGUUGGCCAACUGCAAGACGUCUAUAAUAGGAUGUAUAGAGGUUUACCUGCCAAUCCCAACAACACUGGCAUGUUCCAGUUAGCCAAGCUCAGUGAUACACAGGAGACAUCGAUUGUCUCUGCUGGUGGCACUAAGGUCACGGCCACCAUGUCCACUGCUGCAAACUCUAUCAUUAAAGUAGUUGUAGAGAACCAGGAAAUCCCUCCCCCAUAUUCAAAGGCAAAAUAACCCCUUGUCUUUAGGUCCUUUGACCCAAGGAGAGGGAGAAGAUUGGAGAAGAAGGAAGGAAGGAAUGGCCCCCACUUCCAGUAGAUGCUGAGCAAAGAGGGCUGCCCUCAAAAGGCAAUGGCAGCAAAUCAUAGCAAUAAAAUGCAACUCAGAUAAACAUAA